UUUCACAUCCCAAAUUUCACAUCUUUCACUUUUCUACCAGCUGCUCUGUUUUUCGGCUCUGAAUUGUAGAAAUGAGGUGGGAAAGGGUCCAUCUUCAACCUCCACACCAAGCUCAAGAAGCUGUUCUGGUUCACAAUGGGAUGCAUGGCCCAGGCAAGAGGUGGGGCCACACCUGCAACGCCGUUAAAGAAGGAAGGUUGCUCUAUGUCUUCGGUGGUUAUGGCAGAGACAACUGUCAGACCAACCAAGUUCACGUCUUUGACACUGUGACGCAUACAUGGAGCCAGCCAGUGAUAAAAGGCACACCACCAACUCCAAGGGACAGCCACACUUGUACUACUAUUGGUGAAAAUUUGUUUGUAUUUGGAGGCACUGAUGGGACAAACCCUCUCAAGGACUUGCAUAUACUUGAGACGUCUUCGCAUACAUGGAUAUCUCCAACUUUCAGAGGAGAGGGGCCAGAAGCUCGUGAAGGCCAUAGUGCAGCGCUUGUUGGGAAGCGGCUGUUUGUCUUUGGUGGCUGUGGAAAAUCGGCAAAUAAUGAUGAGGAAGUCUACUACAAUGAUCUGUACAUCUUGAAUACAGAGAAUUUUGCAUGGAAGAAAUCUAUAACAUCUGGCACACCACCAUCUCCUCGCGACAGCCAUACUUGCUCAUCUUCAAAGAACAAAGUGAUUGUGAUUGGUGGUGAAGAUGGGCAUGAUUACUAUUUGUCUGAUGUCCAUAUUCUCGAUGCAGAUACUCUAGUGUGGAGGGAGUUGAACACUUCCGGCCAGUUAUUGCCACCCCGAGGUGGUCAUUCUACCGUUGCUUUUGGGAAGAACUUGUUUGUGUUCGGGGGAUUUACAAAUGCACAAAGUCUAUACAAUGACCUCUACAUGCUCGAUGUUGAUACUGGCGUAUGGACAAAGGUGGUAACUACAGGUGACGGACCAUCUGCUAGAUUUUCUGUUGCCGGGGACUGUUUGGAUCCUGUGAAAGGAGGUGUUCUUGUGUUUAUUGGUGGUUGCAAUAAAAGUCUUGAAGGACUGGAUGAUAUGUUUUACUUGAACACAGGACUUGUCAGAGAGAGUGAAAGGAGGCUGGAAAAGUUAUCAUUGAGGAAGCAAUUAAAGCUAAAAUGCCAGGAACAAAAUUUCACUCCAAUUCAUGACAGAGCUCUUGUUCCAGUUGGAACUGGUGCUGAAAUUUUCCAACCCUCAAGUGUUCCAUUUUAUGGUCAACCUGGUGAUCAAAUUUUCCCAUUGAAUCAAUCCGCGCCAGCAAAGAGGUCAUUUCAAGCAAAGGUCACUGAAAGGUUGAAUGAUGGUUACACAAUUGAAACUGUUAUUGAUGGAAAGCCUCUUCGUGGUGUAUUGUUUUCCAACAAAUCAGAAUUUUCUAUUCCCGCUGCUCCUGAUUCCAGUAGGAAACGGGUUGCCGGCGAGGUUGAUGGGGUAAUGUCCAAUGGUGGUUGUAACACCCAGUCAAAAGAUUCUGUGGGCAAUGCUCAAGCAAAGGUGUCCACAUCACAUGAGAUUGCUCACGGACAGGUCUCGGUCACUGCUAACCCUGUGCCGUUGGUGAAUCAUUUGAAUCUUGGAGAUACUCUGACAAGUGAUACUUUGGAAUCGAACACUGAAGAUCUAGGGAAGGAGAGAACCAAGAUACCAACCGGAGGAAACGGUGCGGCAAUAUCUCAACGACAGUUUCAUUGAGGAUUUUCUCUGAAUAUGCCCCAAAGAAAAACAACAGCGAUUUGUACAUUUAUCAUGUCAAGGUGAUCAUGAGUGCAUGUGACGUAGAGGGGAUAAUACAUUUGCUAACUGAUGUAAUCUGUCACCUUCAAAUAUUGCUAGGUCUAGGAUUCUAGUCGUAUGUUGUACUCGUUUAAACCUAGUGCUUAGUUCCAAUCGAACCCGCUUCAUACAUUAUGGAAGAUGAGGUUUUGUAUCAGGAGUUGGUUCCUUUGUAGCAAUAGAAUUGCUAUUGCAGCUGACCACAUUUCUGCUGCUGGUUCUAUUUCCAUGAGAAUCUGUAUCUUGUACAAUCUCUUUUGAAA